AUGUCUGAAUCACCAUUAAUCACUCCAUUAUUACAACAAUAUCAAUUAGAAUUAUAGACUAAAUUGAAUGAAUGCUUUGAAAACAAUGAAGUUAAAGGAAUGCUUCAUUUUAUAGAAUAACUUGGAUAGGAUAUAAAGGAUGAGCCUUAACUCUAAGAUUUACUAAAUCUUCAAUUAUUAAGAAAACUAAUGAAACAUCUUUCAUCCACUAAUCCUCAAUAAGUCAGAAGCUCUAUCAUAAUAUUGGAUGCAAUAAUGCAAAGAAAAAUAAUAGCAAAUAGACUUCUUCAUUAGAGAGGUGCCGAAAGAACUAUGGUGGAUCUAGCCAAUAGUUUAUUGAAUUUAUAAUAAUAAUUGAGACAUACAUCUUUGGAAUUACAUAUAGAUGAACUCUUAAUGGGUUUAUAAGUUAAAUAUAUUGAUAAGAAGUAAUCAGAUUUAAGUUUAUUGAAAGUGGCUUUGAAAUCAUUUUAGGAUAACAACAGUCUUUUUAUUAAAUAAUUGUAGAUAGUAUUAUCUUCUUGUGAAAGCAUUAUAGAUUAAUAUUAUCUUUUUGGAGGUCAUCUCUAAGAACUUAUUUACGAAUAUCUUUUAAUGAUUAGAUAGAUGGAAGAAAAAUAAUAGGCGAACUUCCUCACUUAACUUUUAGGGAUUUAUGAAAGGUAUAUUUUGGAUGUAUAAUAUACAAUAUAAGAAAUGCAAUCCAGAACUUACUAUAUUAAAAUAGAAAAACAAAUGAUUUUACAUUAAAUAUCCAACAUGUAUAAAAGUUGUGCUCAAUUACUGAAUAUGAUAUUAGUAUUACCUGAAGAAAUUAUACUUUAAAAAAGAGUUUACCUCAUGAUUAAAGUCUUAUAUAAAUACAUUCCUGAUUUGAGAAUUGCUUUAAUGGGACCAUUAUAAUUAGUAAUGCGUAAUUUAUCUCUGUUUUUACAUAAGGAUGCAUAAGAAUACAAAGAAAUUACUAUUUUUUUGUAUCAAUUAAUUCAUUCAUCAGAUUACGAUGAUAAAUUUAAAUAGUCUCUUCUUGAAGAUGAAGAUCUGGCUUAUCUAAGAGAAAAUAAGUAAAUUGUUAUUUUUAUUUAAUUAGAUACUUCUCUGUUAAAGCUUUAAGUUAUGUUGACGAGUCAUAAACUGUACCAUCUCUAAGAAACUUAAACAUUUAAGCAGCCUUUCCUUGUUAUGCUAUCGUUUAAGCUGCAUCUAUCUAUUGUUAUUCAUUCAUGGUUGAUAAACCUAAUUCAUUAAUAUUCUGGAGUUUCAGAACUCUAGAUUAUGAUGUCUCAUUUGGACUAUUCAAAUUAUUAACUAUUGAAGAUUUGGGAAUCAUAGAUUAUCUUAAUGAAAGAAAUGGAGUUAAAUCCUUGAUCAAACUUUAAAGAAUUGAAUCUCAUAAAUAACCAAUCAUUGGAGUCACUGUUAUAUCAAACCCAGGACUUUAUAGAAUUGUUUUUGAUAAUAGUUAUAGUUAUCUUAGGUCCAAAUAGUUGUUUUACAGUAUUCAUUUGCUAGAAACUAAAUGA